AUGGAGUUGUCAUUGUUUCUGUUCAUCGCGUGUUCCGUCCCUGUGAGUCAUCAGUACUUGCUGCCAGACCACGUCGCUCCCUCUCACUACCAACUGAGGCUGAUGUACGACGUGGACCCAAACACUAACUACAGCUUCUACGGCAUCGCUGAUAUACAGCUAACAGUAAAAAGGAGCACUUCAAAAAUAAUUCUCCACGCGCAAGAUUAUAUGAUAUCAGAAGACAAAGUGAGUGUUAUUGGACAAAAAGACGUUCCCAAAGUGACGGGAGUUAAACUUAAUGAUACUUACAACUUCUUGGAAAUAACACUUGACAAGGAUUUAGAGGAGAAUGGGAAAUACAAACUCACUAUACCGUUCUACGGCAACCUGGUGAAGGGCUUGGAUGGAGCGUACAUUAGUUCCUACACGAACAGACAGACACAGAAAACAGAGUAUUUAAUUUCAACCCAAUUCGAGGCGAUAUCAGCUCGUAAAGGUUUCCCGUGUUUCGACGAGCCCAUGUUCAAGUCCACCUUCUCCCUCGUCCUCGGCCACAGCAAGGAGUACACGGCCGUCUCCAACAUGCCUUUAGCGACCUCCUCCCACGACAACGCCCUCGAAGAUUACUGGCCGUGGGACGUGGUCGGGAAGAAGUUUAGGAAGGAGAAAUCUUCCUUCGUAUGGGACCACUUCGCCAAGUCUGUUCCCAUGUCUACGUACCUGGUAGCGUUCGUUAUAUCCAAGUUCUCUCACGUGGUCAGUCCACCUGAACUAUCGAAGACACAAUUCAGGAUAUGGGCCAGAGGAGAUGCUAUCGAUCAGACAUCCUACGCAGCUAAAAUCGGUCCACAAGUGCUAUCAUACUUCGAGAAGUGGUUCAACGUAUCGUUUCCUCUGCCGAAGCAAGAUAUGAUGGCCAUACCUGACUUCUCAGCGGGCGCUAUGGAGAACUGGGGUCUUAUUACAUACAGAGAGACGGCACUCUUAUUCAGUGAGAAGGAAUCUUCUUUCUUGAACAAAGAGAGAAUUGCUGAGGUUGUAGCUCACGAGUUAGCUCACCAGUGGUUUGGCAACCUGGUGACUAUGAAGUGGUGGUCGGACUUGUGGUUGAACGAAGGUUUCGCAACCUUUGUGUCCAGUGUAGGCGUUUCAGCCGUGGAACCGAAUUGGCGAGCUGAUAGAUCAUACGCUGUAGAGAACAUGCUGUCCGUUUUAAGUCUGGACGCUUUGGAAUCAUCACAUCCAGUGUCAGUGCCUCUCGAUGAUCCGAAGCGUAUUUCUGAGAUCUUCGACGCGAUCUCAUACAAGAAGGGCUCCACACUCAUCCGUAUGAUGCUCAUGUUCCUAGGAGAAGGCGUCUUCAGGCAGGCGCUGCAUAAUUAUCUGACGAAGUAUUCCUACUCCAACGCCGCUCAAGACGAUCUCUGGUCGGAGUUAACGUCCGCCAGCCUAAAAAGUGGUGGACUGACAAGAAACGUGACCGUAAAGGAAGUAAUGGAUACAUGGACCACACAGACUGGGUACCCGAUACUGACUGUCACUAGGGAUUACUCUGACAAGUCACUCACUAUAUCACAGAAACGCUACCUAUCUCUGGGCGUCGGUCGGACCUCGCAGGCCUGGUGGGUCCCUCUAAGUGUUCUCUGUGAAAGAGACAGGAGGAGUGACAGUGAGAAGGUUCAGUGGUUAGGAGAUACGGAGGGAGUGACCAACGAACACAGAUACGAACACGGCUCCGGACCCAACGAGUGGGUCCUGUUCAACUAUAACAUGAUUGCUCCGUACAGAAUUAACUACGACCAAAGAAAUUGGAAGCUCCUCAUAAACACUCUGACGAGUGACAAGUACAGCGUCAUACCUGUUGAAGGACGAGUACAGAUGUUGUCUGACGCCUUUGAACUGGCCUGGAACAAUCAACUGGACUAUGGAAUGACAUUACAGUUGGCAAGUUAUCUCAAAAGGGAGACGGAAUAUUUACCUUUAUACACAGGUUUAUCAGCGUUAGCUAAAAUAGAGAACGUGUUGAAACGUAGCUCAGAAUACGGAGCCUUCCAGAAGUUUGUGAGAAGACUCCUUAAUAAUGUGUACCAGAAGGGAGGGCUGGCGAUGAAGAAGAUUGUUAAAGGAGACGACUUGAACAGUGUCAAGUUACAGACUACAGUUAGUUCGUGGGCGUGUAGUAUGAAGAUCCCCGGCUGUGAGGAAAACGCUAUGGAGAUGUUCAAUGAAUGGAUGAACACGGACAAACCCGACGAACACAACCCUAUUCCCGUUGAUCUUCGUCGCACCGUAUAUUGCUCGUCAAUUCGUCGUGGAGGAGUGUCUUUGUGGCGUUGGGCCCUCGCCCGCCGCCGGGCGUCUAAUGUAGCGACCUCAAGGGACGCUCUGCAAUACGCGCUGGCAUGUAGCAGAGACGUAUGGGUUCUGGCGCAGUACUUAGAAUGGACUGUCUCUGAAGGAAGUGAAGUUCGUCGUCAAGAUGCUGGCAGCGUCAUAGCGGCUGUCACAAGGUCGACUACCGGAUACUAUGUGGCUAAAGACUUUAUAUACGGAAGAAUACAGGAUAUUAGUAGAACGUUCAACGGUCAAGACAGAAGGAUGGGAGGCAUCAUAAAGACUUUGUUGGGGCAGUUCACGACUAAGAAGGAACUAGAUGAGUUCUUGGAGUGGAAGAAACAGAAUGAGAAAUAUUUAUCCGCUUCCAAAAUAGCGGUCGCUCAAGGAAUAGAAAACGCAAGAGUGAACAUUGAAUGGAUACAGAGAAACAAACGGACCGUAGUGGACAAGAUGAGGGAAUACUCCAUAGAUUUUAUAGAUUAUGAAGACGUUGUAUUAAGAAGCUUCUCCGUCCAAGUUAAAUCAGUGGCGUGGGCAGUUUUACAUUCUGUAGUUAUAAGUGUUCUGUUAGUGUGA